CCUAAACUUGUCUAUAAAAGAUCUCACGAGGCGGUCUCUGAUCAAAACAUCGUACAACCCAUCUCUUUUUUUUUUUUUAACUUGUCUUCUCUCUUUCCUUAACUUUGAUGGCACUGUCCCUUCUCUCCUACAACGUCUCCGACCUCUGUCUCGGCAAACCUCCUCUUCGUUGUCUUUCCUCCUCUUCCUCCUCCGUAUCCGACGCCAUCGCUGCCCUCAAAUCCUCUGAAGACACUUUCCUCUCCGUCUGGAAUUGCAAUCACGACGAUGACAAUAACACAGAGUGCGAGUGCUUGGGGAAAAUAUCAAUGGCUGACGUCAUCUGCCACUUGUCCAAAGACCAUGACCACAGUCUCUGUGCCUUAAACUCAUCCGUCUCUGUUCUUCUCCCCAAAACUCGUUCCAUUGUCCUCCAUGUUCAACCAUCCUGCAGCUUAAUAGAAGCCAUUGAUCUGAUAAUCAAAGGAGCACAGAAUCUGAUUGUCCCGAUACAUACAAAGCCCUACACUAAGAAAAAGCAGCACAACGACAACGUUUCGGUCACCACCACCACCCACUCGAACGGACAACGAUUCUGCUGGAUCACACAAGAAGACAUCAUUCAGUUUCUCCUCGGAUUCAUCGCCGCAUUCUCUCCUUUGCCAGCGAUGUCCCUCUCUGAUCUCGGUGUCAUCAACAGCACACACACAGUUGUUGCGGUCGAUUACCACUCCUCAGCGUCCGCAGUUGUCUCUGCCGUAUCCAACGCUCUUGCCGUCCAAACCUCUGUCGCAGUGGUCGACGGUGAGGGAGAUGACCCUUUUACGUCUUUGAUCGGCGAAAUAUCCCCGAUGACAUUAACUUGCUGCGACGAGACAGCAGCUGCGGCGGUGGCGACGCUCUCCGCUGGAGAUCUGAUGGCGUACAUAGACGGAGCAAAUCCUCCGGAGAGUCUUGUUCAGAUCGUUAGGAACCGUUUGGAGGAUAAAGGAUUGAUUGGUUUGAUGUCGCUUUUCGAUUCUCUCUCAUCUUAUUCGACGUCGUCGGGUUAUUCGUCGGAGGAAGAAGCUCCAGUGAGAACGACGUCGUAUGGACGGUCGAUGAGUAGCUCAGCAAGAAUGGCAAGGAAGUCGGAGGCGAUAGUGUGUAAUCCAAAGAGCUCGUUAAUGGCAGUGAUGAUCCAAGCGGUUGCUCAUCGAGUGAACUACGCGUGGGUGGUUGAGAAGGAUGGUUGUUUCGUUGGCAUGGUUACUUUUGUUGAUAUCUUAAAAGUUUUUAGGAAAUUUUUGGAGAAUGACAUGUGAAAAGUUUUUUAAAUAUAUUUUCUUGUGUUUUGUCGAUUACUAAAACCCAACAAAAAUGUGUAUUUAGGGGUGUUUUGUUUGUUUGUUUUGUGUUUUGGUGAUGAGCCGGUUGGAGUUUGAGAUUAACUAAAACUGAAUCAAACGUUUUUGGUUUGUUUAGUUGGUACUUUAAUAGCAAUCAAUUGAUUUGCUCAUUUUGUCAACAAAUAGUGUAUAUCUUUGAAACGUUUUUAGACCAUCUCCAAUGUAUUUUCAUUCUAAAAUAAAG